AAGAUGGCGACGUCCAGGCUUACACUUCUCUUGCUGGCCGCAAUGACGGCGACUGUCGUCGCUAGGUCGGAACCGGUGUUUAGAUGUCAAGUGUUCCAAACUGACCAGGUCGACUCGCUUCAGUGGCACCCGAGCCCUCUACCAUCCUCACACUUCGGUUUCAACUUCAGAGUUGCUGCCGUUUCCGAUGCGAAAAUUGUACUGUCAGAAAGCAAACACGAUGGCUGUGAUAGAAUCAUUAUCACCAUCGGCGGGAACGACAACUCCCGGUCUUCAAUAGCGCGCCCUCAACAGUCAAACGGUCAGAGUGAAAACACUCCGAAUGAACUGAAGUGCGAACAAUUCAACGAAUAUUGGAUACAAUUUAAUCCAAGUUCGGUACAAGUUGGACGAGGCCAUGAGAAGUCUCCGUUCCUUCAGUUAGAUUUGGAUUCGGGCAAUCGCAUCAACCCCAAAGUCUUGGGCUUCGGAACGAGCGUCAACAGCGUGGGUCUCUUCACCUUCGACGACUUCCAGGAUCACUGGGUUGACCCUUGCUCCCCCAACCCGUGCCUGAAUGGCGGAAUAUGCGAUUCCUCAUCGGGAGAUGGUUACAGGUGUGAUUGCCCAGAGGAGUACAUCGGAGAACACUGCGAAGAACGAGCUUCAAACUGCCCACCAGGAGUUGAAAUGGCGCACUGCUUUGUGGAUCCCUGUCAGUUCGCUGCCUGCGCAGCUGACCCAACGGCAACAUGUGUGUCCAACUACUGCGGUGGAUGCAACCAUGAAUUCCAGGAUAGCAACGGCAAUCCUGUUGAUUGUUCAGUUGACCCGUGCUCCGAAAAGCCUUGCAACUUUGGUGAAUGUAUCCCUGGCAAAGGAGGCGCGUACAGAUGUGAAUGUCACGAAGGCUACAUCGGAGAACACUGCGACCAAAAGCCAUCUCCCAAAACUCGGUCCGGUACAUGUCCACCAGCUCCGCAAGGCAUGAUGGGCAUUUGCCCCGAAGCGUGUUCGCACGACAGCGAUUGCCCAGGGGAGACCGCAAAAUGCUGCUCUAACGGCUGCGGCCACGUCUGCAGGGAACCAAGUAACCCUGUACUUUCUGCUGAUAGCUCAUUUUAUGAGAAGUGGCCAGCUUGCAAACCAGUCCUGUGUGAUAUGUACUGUGGGAACGGAUUUGACACGGAUGAAAACGGUUGCGAGAUAUGCGCGUGCAAGGCUUGCAAACCACUCACUUGUAGAAUGGCAUGUAAAAAUGGGUUCAAGAAGGAUGAAAACGGAUGCGACAUCUGCGAAUGCGAGCCACCAGCUUGCAAACCACUCACUUGUAGAAUGGCAUGUAAAAAUGGGUUCAAGAAGGACAAAGACGGAUGCGGCAUCUGCGAAUGCGAGCAAACGGUUUGCAAACCACUCGCUUGUAGAAUGGCAUGUGAACACGGUCUCAAGAAGGACGAUGACGGAUGCGACAUCUGCGAAUGCGAGGUUCCCAAAACUAGGCCCGGUGUAUGUCCACCAGCUCCGGAAGGCAUGAUGGGGCUUUGCUCUGAAGCGUGUUCGCAAGACAGUGAUUGCCCAGGGGAGACCAUGAAAUGCUGCUCAAACGGCUGCGGCCACGUCUGCAGGGAACCUUGCAGUCCUGUUAUGUGUCUACUAUUCUGUAAGAAUGGAUUUGCCCAGAAUGAAAACGGAUGCGACAUAUGCGAGUGCAAAGAUGAGGAGGAACCCGAGCCGAAAAUCUCGUGCCCAUUGAUCAAGUGCAGCCGGCGGUGUGAUACCUACAAGAAAGACGAGCGUGGAUGCCAUACCUGCCAAUGUGAAGUUCCACAAGACCGCUCUGGUGAAUGCCCCAAAGCACUUGAUGACAUGUUUGGUGCUUGCAGCGAAGAUUGUCGAUAUGACAGCGAUUGCGCCGAUCCAAUGAAAUGUUGUUCGAAUGGCUGCGGUCACACGUGCGUCCAACCUUGCUCACAGGUCAUGUGUAGAUUGGGCUGUAAGAAUGGUUUUAAGAGGGAUGAAAGAGGAUGCGAGAUGUGCGCAUGCGCAGAACCCCGUAAACUUGGGCCGCCAGAAGUUGAAGAAGAAAGCGAAGAAGAAGAAGAGGAAGUCUUCGAGUGUGGCACUGAAGAAGUGACAAUCGCGAAGGAGGUCGACACCACUCAGCCUCAGGACUUCGAAAUCGACAAGGAUGAGCCGUCAGAUGUCAUCUUCCAUUCCGGUGGUGGACAGUUGAUCAAAGUCGAGGUGGAGAAGACAUCCGCGUGCAUCAUGAGCUCCUCUAACGUCAAACUACAGACCGUUGAACUACCAAAGUGGUGCUGGCAACUGCAUUCGCUGCGACUGAUCGUCCGUUUCGUCACAGACGGCUUCAACUGUUUCGUACGAUCUGGAUCGGACGAAACCUCCAUAAUGAAGUACAGGAAGCCGGACCGUGGCGUGUUUACGUGCAGCACUAUUGGAUAUAGAUCCAAGGGCAAGAAACGAUCCAAGCUGCGCUACCGAUACAAAAAACGCAGAGGAUGGGGCAAAAAAGGAAAGAAAGGUCCCAAGAAGCCCAGAAAUAAGAAAGGCAAGAAGCCCAAGCAGAAGUCAAGCACUUCCAGUACUUCCAGCCGCAAAAACAAGAACAAGCCUAAGAACUGGCCCAAGGUUUCAAGUGGCUUGAAACCAAAGAAGAAGCCUAAGCAGAGGUCAAACACUUCCAGUGAUUCCAGCCGCAAAAACAAGAACAAGCCUAAGAACUUGCCCAAGGUUUCAAGUGGCUUGAAACCAAAGAAGAAGCCUAAGCAGAGGUCAAACACUUCCAGUGAUUCCAGCCGCAAGAACAAGAACAAGCCUAAGAACUUGCCCAAGGUUUCAAGUGGCUUGAAACCAAAGAAGAAGCCUAAGCAGAGGUCAAACACUUCCAGUGAUUCCAGCCGCAAGAACAAGAACAAGCCUAAGAACUUGCCCAAGGUUUCAAGUGGCUUGAAACCAAAGAAGAAGCCUAAGCAGAGGUCAAACACUUCCAGUGAUUCCAGCCGCAAGAACAAGAACAAGCCUAAGAACUUGCCCAAGGUUUCAAGUGGCUUGAAACCAAAGAAGAAGCCUAAGCAGAGGUCAAACACUUCCAGUGAUUCCAGCCGCAAGAACAAGAACAAGCCUAAGAACUUGCCCAAGGUUUCAAGUGGCUUGAAACCAAAGAAGAAGCCUAAGCAGAGGUCAAACACUUCCAGUGAUUCCAGCCGCAAAAACAAGAACAAGCCUAAGAACUUGCCCAAGGUUUCAAGUGGCUUGAAACCAAAGAAGAAGCCUAAGCAGAGGUCAAACACUUCCAGUGAUUCCAGCCGCAAGAACAAGAACAAGCCUAAGAACUUGCCCAAGGUUUCAAGUGGCUUGAAACCAAAGAAGAAGCCUAAGCAGAGGUCAAACACUUCCAGUGAUUCCAGCCGCAAGAACAAGAACAAGCCUAAGAACUUGCCCAAGGUUUCAAGUGGCUUGAAACCAAAGAAGAAGCCUAAGCAGAGGUCAAACACUUCCAGUGAUUCCAGCCGCAAGAACAAGAACAAGCCUAAGAACUUGCCCAAGGUUUCAAGUGGCUUGAAACCAAAGAAGAAGCCUAAGCAGAGGUCAAACACUUCCAGUGAUUCCAGCCGCAAGAACAAGAACAAGCCUAAGAACUUGCCCAAGGUUUCAAGUGGCUUGAAACCAAAGAAGAAGCCUAAGCAGAGGUCAAACACUUCCAGUGAUUCCAGCCGCAAAAACAAGAACAAGCCUAAGAACUUGCCCAAGGUUUCAAGUGGCUUGAAACCAAAGAAGAAGCCUAAGCAGAGGUCAAACACUUCCAGUGAUUCCAGCCGCAAGAACAAGAACAAGCCUAAGAACUUGCCCAAGGUUUCAAGUGGCUUGAAACCAAAGAAGAAGCCUAAGCAGAGGUCAAACACUUCCAGUGAUUCCAGCCGCAAGAACAAGAACAAGCCUAAGAACUUGCCCAAGGUUUCAAGUGGCUUGAAACCAAAGAAGAAGCCUAAGCAGAGGUCAAACACUUCCAGUGAUUCCAGCCGCAAGAACAAGAACAAGCCUAAGAACUGGCCCAAGGUUUCAAGUGGCUUGAAACCAAAGAAGAAGCCUAAGCAGAGGUCAAACACUUCCAGUGAUUCCAGCCGCAAGAACAAGAACAAGCCUAAGAACUGGCCCAAGGUUUCAAGUGAAGAAAGCGAAGAAGAAGAAGAGGAAGUCUUCGAGUGUGGCACUGAAGAAGUGACAAUCGCGAAGGAGGUCGACACCACUCAGCCUCAGGACUUCGAAAUCGACAAGGAUGAGCCGUCAGAUGUCAUCUUCCAUUCCGGUGGUGGACAGUUGAUCAAAGUCGAGGUGGAGAAGACAUCCGCGUGCAUCAUGAGCUCCUCUAACGUCAAACUACAGACCGUUGAACUACCAAAGUGGUGCUGGCAACUGCAUUCGCUGCGACUGAUCGUCCGUUUCGUCACAGACGGCUUCAACUGUUUCGUACGAUCUGGAUCGGACGAAACCUCCAUAAUGAAGUACAGGAAGCCGGACCGUGGCGUGUUUACGUGCAGCUCUAUUGGAUAUAGAUCCAACGGCAAGAAACGAUCCAAGCUGCGCUACCGAUACAAAAAACGCAGAGGAUGGGGCAAAAAAGGCACGAAGCCCAAGCAGAAGUCAAACACUUCCAGUGAUUCCAGCCAGAAGAACAAGAACAAGCCUAAGAACUGGCCCAAGGUUUCAAGUGGCUUGAGCCCAAAGAAGAAGCCUAAGCAGAGGUCAAACACUUCCAGUGAUUCCAGCCGCAAGAACAAGAACAAGCCUAAGAACUUGCCCAAGGUUUCAAGUGGCUUGAGCCCAAAGAAGAAGCCUAAGCAGAGGUCAAACACUUCCAGUGAUUCAAGAAAGAAAGCGGCGAAAAAGCUUAAGACUAAAGGACCAAAAAUCAGGAGUGGCGGUUUCAGCUUGAGCCCAAAGAAGAAGCCUAAGCAGAGGUCAAACACUUCCAGUGAUACAAGCCGCAAGAACAAGGACAAGUCUAAGAACAGGCCCAAGGUUUCAAGGGGAAAGAAAGCGGCGAAAAAGCUUAAGACUAAAGGACCAAAAAUCAGGAGUGGCGGUUUCAGCUCAACCUCUCACAACGAUCGAAGCCAACCUAAAGCAAAGAAUCCAAAGAAGAAGCCCAAAGAAAAAGACUCCGGAUUCAAAAACCAUCCCAAAGGAAAACCCCAAAAAAUAUUCCGUGAAUUGGAAGAUGAAGUCUUCGAGAGUAUUCUCGGCCGUGAGUUGAUCAUCGCCGAGGACGUAGACAACAACGUGGCCCAGGAGUUCGAGAUCGAAAGGGGUGAACCUGCGGACGUCAUCUUACAUUCUGCGGGUGGCCAGCUGAUCAAGAUUGAGAUCGAGAGCAGAUAUAUCUACAUCCUGAGCUCGUUUGGUGUCAAACUUAAGACCGCGAAACUGCCAUCCUGGUGCUGGAGUAUCCAAUCCUUGCGACUGAUCGUAAGGUUCGUCACAAACGGCUUCAACGUCUUCUUGCGAUCUUCGUCCGGGGAGACGCAGAUCCUAGAGUACAGAUUGCCCGAGAAGCAAGUCUACGUCUGUGGCCGCAUCGGAUUUCAGGCCAAGGGGAGCAAGAAGUUGAAACUGAACUACAAACACAAAGGAAAAGGAGGAAAGAAGAAGACCUCCAAGAGGCCUAAAAUUCAAGUUGACCAGACGAUCGAAACAGUUGUGGAAGAGACACACCACGUCAGCGAGACCAUCAUUGAGACGAGAGAAGAAGUGGAGAGCAAGAGGAUCGUCAUCGAGCCGGACCAGUACGAGGAGAUUGAGGGUAUCGCUGGCUACGAGACCAGUAUGAGCUUCACCUUCAACCCAGAAGACGGCAUUACAUUCCGGUUAGCUGAGAAGAGGGGCGGCUCGGGCAAAGCACUGCAGUUCGUUAUCGAGAGCGAGUGGAGCUAUAUGCAGUACAACGGACAAGGCCUGGGUGACAAAUUCGCGACGCGAGGUGGCGUCCUCAACAGCGGCAAGAAAUCCUUCUUGAUCAAGCUGCCGGGCUCCUCCGGCGGCGAGUUCUGGUUCGAACUCUGGUUCGAGGGUGAAAGCAGCGCAUACAUGAGACAGAUGGUCACUGACACGUCUUUCCGUCCGAGAUACAUCGACGUGGCCAUCCACGUGAUGCAGGUUGAGGAACAAACAGUGGAAAUAACCUAUCCAAAUUGGAUCGACGUCGGGGCCGUGACGGACCAGCAAUUCCGGUUUGAGGUGGAAUCGGCCGAGGUUGCUUUGAUAGCUAUACAGGCUAACAACCCGGCACUUGGGCAGUUAGUUGCAGAGUUUGGUAGUCCGAGCAAUCCAGGCUGUAGAAUCCAGAAAUGCAAGGACCUUCAUGCGACCGACUGCCAGACCGUCAGGGAAUCAUCAGCCGCAUGCCAUCUCGCUGCCAAACGCUCCAUUUGGGCGCAGCUCGUAGAUGGUGAAUUCUGCAUGGGCCUGGUGGGCGACAACAAGCCAAUUGCCAGCUACAGCGGGGUGAGCUGGUUGGGCGACGCGGGCGAGUCCAAGAAAUUGGCCAUUGGAACGCGUGGCGAUGGCGCCUGGAAAAUGGCCGGCUAAACGACGUGGGCUUGAUUGACAGAUAACACCCAUUGACUUUUCGAACAUUUGCUUCCCUUUUUUAAAAAGAUUUUAUCAAGAUAAUGGGUAAGAUUUCUUGCAAAACGUUAGGUAGUGGUCAUUAUAGAUUUUUCCCCCCUUCAUACAUGUUUCCGAUUUGGGCAAUAGGUUUUAGUUUGAAAGAAGAAUAGAGUCGAAGAAGAAUAGAGAAUAGAGUAAUUUAAAAAAAAAUAGUGGGAGAUACUAUAGUAUUUUUUAAUCUUGAUGUUGUAGUUUCAAUUCAAUUUACACCCCAAAGUACCAUGUUUAAUUAUUUUGUUGACUAUACACCUGUAUUGAAUCAAGCUAGUAAAUUAUCCCUGAAAAGUUGAUAAUGUGCCCCUCCAUGAAAAGAAAAUGUACUUAUGAACAAAGCCUAAUUCGAGGCAAAUUCGUUCCCCUGAAAUACUUCGACACAAGUCAUAUUGCUCGUGCAAGAAAGUGUAUUUUUAAAUUCAGUAGCGAGAUAAGCAAAGAGACUCAUAUCCAGUGUCCUCUAUUUGUUUUUAUGCAGAAAUUAAGUAUUUGAUAAUUGAAAUAAAGAGACAAUGAAAAGUUCACGUAAAUUGUAAAGAAUAGUUUGCAUGAUCCCAAAGCCAGCUUACAUUGCACCAUCCGAUAUUUGUAAAAGAAAAAAACGGAUUUUGUUUUCCUUUUAAAUUUGGUUGUGGCAUCAUGACUUUCUUCAACAUGGGAUAUUGUUUUGUUUUGAUUACCUUUUCAUGAAGACUAAUUAAUCCGCUUGUCAUGCAGUCUUCUCAUUAAGAAAUGUUUCAACCGAUAUAUAUUUUUAUUUUGGUAUAAUUAGGAUACAAUUUAAAAAAAAAAGCCCAUAAAUGUAAACCACGAUAAACAAUAUAGACUUGUACUUGUCAAAUGUGGUAGUCUAUUCCCAAUUCAACAUCGAUGUAUUGACGUUCAAUAUAUUUAUUAAAAUACAAAAGAUUCAAAUCGAUUUUCAUAUUAUCAAAAUUACGUUUGUUGAAAGAGUACGCACAAUCCAACUAUUCUAAGAAUAGAACACGUAUUCAAGAACACCCUCAUCAGAACCUGAACAGUAUGAUGCCAAUUGUAUAAAAUAAUAUCCAUGAAAAUUUGAAUUUUUACUCGCUACAGCUAUUACAACAAUUUAAUUUCACAAACAUUGAUUAAUAAUAAGUGGAUUAUAUAAAAUCCAUAAACUGAGCUCGAAACGCAUGCAAUGUGAGAUUCAUAAUAAUUAAUGGGAUUUAUUGCAGAUUCAUGUAUCAGAAAACCCAGGAUCAAGUGAUUCAACUUACAAAUGUACUUUCCCCGAUAAUAGCUCAAGGUUUCGGUUUCAUUUGUCAUGAAAAGUUUUCCAAGCAGUUGUAAACGUUUGGUCCAUCCUUUUAAUUUUACAAAUAAUUAACAUCUAUAAAAUAUUCUUAAGAUUAAAACGGUACUGUUUUCGUUUUGGUGUUGGGUUUCACGUUUUACUAAUACAUACAUAAGAGUUGAUUAGUUCACGGUUAAAGGGUAUAAUAAAUAACGCAAGCAUUGAU